AUGGCAACCUGUUCCCAGAGCUCUGCUCAUCCCCAAUCCCCUCUCAAUCAAGGAGAGUUGGGACCCACUCUUCCGGCAACCGCCGUUGAGUCAACAAGCCUCAAACCAGAGGUCUAUGGGGAAAUCUCCCUCAGCCAAGCAAUCUCCCUUAUCUUGGGAUUGCAAAACCAAGUCCUCCGGCUUGAGCGGGAACUUGAAGAAACCAAGGAAGCAACAAAGGAAGCCCAAGACUGGAUGGGAGCAGUCAAUCAAGCCCUUGCUUGCGUUGAGGCUAGGGGUGGAGCCCCACAUACACCAGAAGACCGGAAACCCCCGGCAGUUGAGGCCACGCCCAGGCCCCUACCAAAAACCAACCCUAUUCCAGCGCCUAGCACGCCCCUUGUUGCCUGGGCCAACCCCAGUAAAGCUCCCCCCACGUUUGCUCAGCCAACCCCAGUCCGGGCCCCCCCAAGAGGCUAUACUCCCCCUCCGCCUUUGCCUAUCCAACUCCGCUCCCCCCAAGUUCCACAACCAGCGGCCCCUGUAGCCGCUUAUCAAGCCCUGGUCAAAGUGGACCACCCUGACGCCUAUACGGGGAAGAUAGGGAACAAAGCCCGCCAAUGGCUCACACAGAUGUUGGCAUGGGUACGUCUAAAUCAACGGAUGUUCCCCACGGAUCAGGAGGUCCUGUUGUUCCUCCUGAUAAACAUGAAGGACGUAGCAGGAGCCUGGGCUCACCCCCACCUCAAUCAACUUGGGUCCCACAGGGCCCUUAUCCAGACAGUUGACGAGUUCAGGACGGAGUUCUUGGCUGCAUUUGGGAACCCCAAUGCCACGCAAGCCGCCAAGCGGCAAAUUACACAACUUACUCAGACAGGAACCUGUGCUGAGUACAUCACAAAGUUUAGGACCAUUGCCAUGGACCUAGACUGGAACAACGCCGCCCUUUGUGGGCAAUUUGCACGUGGCCUCCACUGGGAGCUGCAAAAUGCGGCUCUGGUCAUUGAUAACGCCCUCUGUGAGGAGCGUGCCAGCCACCCGCCUAAGGGUAAUAAGUCUGGAACCUCUUCCACCCCCAAUAGGGGGGCGAGUACCAGCCAACAGGCCAUGAGACCAGGGCGCCUCUCCAGUGAUCCCAACUUUGUCUCCAAGGAAGAACAAAACCGCCGCAGGGCUGAAGGCCUCUGCAUCAAGUGCGGUAAAACAGGGCAUAAGUUUGCGGAAUGCCGUACUGGCUGGAAAGCCACGCCUAAGGAGGAAGGCGUCAAGAAAGAAGCCGCCAAGAUUGGCAAAGAGUCUGGACCUGAAUUGGGAAAAGACUAA